AUGGGUGAGAAGCAAGCCGACGCUGUGCCCCAUAUGGCGAGCGCUGAUCGACAUGAUGAUGCCGUCGUGUAUCUCGAGGGCCACAGUGAUGUACAACCCGACGUGGAUCUGGUGGCUCUGCGCCGCAAGAUCGAUCGGCGGUUGCUGCCCUACAUGUUCUGCUGUUACGUCCUGCAAUUCCUGGACAAGGUUAUGCUGAAUUAUGCUGCAGUUAUGGGAAUCAAGAAAGACCUCAAGCUGGUUGGCAAUGAGUUCUCCAACACGGCGACCUGGUUCUUUAUCGCGUACCUGAUUGCUGAGGUCCCCAAUGUCUACUGUCUCCAAAAAGUCCCCGCUGCCAAAUGGCUAGGAGGAAACGUCUUUCUCUGGGGUGUCGCCGCGGCUGCCUCCGCUGGUGCCAGCGAUUACCGUAGUCUGCUGGUCGCCCGAAUCUUCCUUGGUAUCUUUGAGGCAACCGUAGGCCCGUCAUUGAUGCUGUUGAGCAGCCAGUAUUAUACACGCAGUGAACAAGCCCCCCGGUUUACCUUCUGGUACAUGGGUCUAGGUGUUGCACAGAUCUUGGGUGGUAUUAUCUCUUUCGCGUUCCAGCAUGUUCACCAUGCGUCUCUGGAGGGAUGGCGCAUUAUGUUCCUCGUUCUGGGUCUGAUUACUGCCAUCGUGGGCACCUUGACCUUCUUCUUUAUUCCGGAUACCCCCAUCAAGGCCAAAUGGCUGUCGGAGGACGAGAAGGUCGCUCUAUUGCAACACGUCGGCGAGAAUCAAACUGGUGUGUGGAGUACCACUUUAAACCUGAAGCAAAUCAAGGACGCCGUCUUCGAUGUCCAGCUCUGGCUCUUGACCUUGACGACUAUUCUGAUCUCCGUAUCAAGCGGGGUCGUAACCACGUAUUCAGCGACCCUGGUCGCAGGCUUCGGCUUCUCAGGUCCUAUCUCCGCCCUCCUCAACACCCCGUCUGGUAUUGUGAGCAUCUUCUUCACUCUCCUCGUCGGCUUCGGUAUCCGCAAGACUUCGCACCGCUGGGCUUGGAACGUUCUCUGCACCAUUCCAGGCAUUAUCGGUGGCGGCUUGCUCUCCUUCCUACCCAAGCACAAUAAGGCUGGCGUGUUAAUUGGUAUUUAUCUCGUCAACGCAAUCGUUGCCACGCUUCCCAUUCUCUACCAAUGGACUAUGGCCAACUGCGCCGGUCAUACUAAACGUGCCUUUGCCAGCGCCCUCGUCGCCGGAUCUUUCUCCAUUGGCAAUAUCAUCGGUCCUCAGACCUUCCAGGCUCGUGAUGCUCCGGAGUACAGACCUGCCAAGAUUGCGGUUCUCGCAACCCAGGCUGGCGCUGCUGUGAUGUCAGUCGUGCUCUUUUUGUAUUAUAUGUGGCAGAACCGUCGCCGUGAUCAGACCAAAGGCCCAGUUAAUGAGACUAUGGUUGAUGAGACCAAGUGGGCGGGCCUCACUGAUCGGGAGAAUCCUUACUUCCGUUAUGCGUACUAA